CUCUCUCUCUCUCUCUCUCUCUCUGUGUGUUGUGUGUGUGUGUUCAUGUGAUAUUAUGGCGGUGAAUCUGGAUAAAGACGCGUUUUAUCGCCGCAUCAAGCGACUCUACGGGAACUGGAAGAAAGGUGAAGAUGAGUUUGGGAAGGUGGAUGCCAUCGUGGUUUCUGUCGGAGUUGAUGAGGAGAUCGUCUACGCCAAAUCUACAGCCCUUCAGACGUGGCUGUUCGGGUACGAGCUCACCGACACCAUCAUGGUCUUCUGCGAGACCAAGAUCAUUUUUCUGGCCAGUAAGAAGAAGGUGGAGUUCCUGAAGCAGGUGGCUGUCACCAAAGGAAACGAGAAUGCCAACGGGGUUCCUCCGAUCACGCUGCUCGUCCGAGAAAAGAACGAGAGCAACAAGGUGAACUUCGAGAAGAUGAUCGAGGCCAUCCGAGGAAGUAAAGAGGGGAAGACGGUCGGCGUGUUCAUGAAGGACAAGUUCCCCGGAGAGUACAUGAAGAGCUGGAGCGACAUGAUGACGGCCGAGGGCCUGGAGCGGGUGGACGUCAGCACGGUGGUGGCCUACACGAUGGCGGUGAAGGAGGACGGAGAGCUGGCGCUCAUGAAGAAGGCGGCCGCCGUCACCAGUGACGUCUUCACCAAGUUCUUCAAGGAGCGAGUGAUGGAGAUCGUGGACGCAGACGAGAAAGUGAAGCACAGUCGUCUGGCUGAGUCUGUGGAGAAGGCCAUCGAGGACAGGAAGUUCCUGGGCGGCGUGGACCCGUCGACGGUGGAGAUGUGCUACCCUCCCAUCAUUCAGAGCGGCGGCAGCUACAGCCUGAAGUUCAGCGUGGUCAGUGAUAAGAACCACAUGCACUUCGGAGCCAUCACCUGCGCCAUGGGCAUCCGCUACAAGUCCUACUGCUCCAACCUGGUGCGCACGCUCAUGGUGGACCCCCCACAGGACAUGCAGGACAACUACAACUUCCUGCUGCAGGUGGAGGAGGAGCUGCUGAAGGAGAUGAAGCACGGAGUGAAGCUAUGUGACGUCUAUAACACUGUCCUGGAGUUCGUGAAGAAAGAGAAACCAGAUCUGGUCAGCAAACUGACGAAAAACCUCGGGUUUGCUAUGGGCAUUGAGUUCAGGGAAGGAUCGCUCGUACUGAACGCCAAAAACCAGUUCAAACUCAAGAGAGGGAUGGUGUUCAGCAUCAGUCUGGGGUUGGCUGACAUGAUCAACCCAGAGGCCAAGAAAGACGAGCAGAAGAAGUACGCGCUCUUCAUCGGAGACACCAUCCAGAUCAAUGAGGAGGAUCCAGCCACCGUCCUCACACCCGUCAAGAAGAAGAUCAAAAACGUUGGCAUUUUCCUCAAGAAGGAUGAUGAAGAGGACGAGGAGGAGGAUGAUGAUAACGCGGAGGAGCUGCUGGGGAAAGGAGCUCGCAGCGCCGCCCUGCUGGCCGACAGAACCAGGAACGAGAUGACGGCCGAGGAGAAGAGGCGGGCCCAUCAGAAGGAACUGGCCAAUCAGGUGAACGAGGAGGCCAAGCGGCGUCUGACGGAGCAGAAGGGAGGAACGCAGAUACAGAAAGCCAGGAAGUCGAACGUGUCGUAUAAGAACAUCUCCCAGAUGCCCCGCGAGAAGGACAUCCGAGACAUGAAGAUCUUCAUCGAUAAGAAGUACGAGACGGUGGUCAUGCCUGUGUUCGGCAUCGCCACGCCGUUCCACAUUGCCACCAUCAAGAACAUCAGUAUGUCUGUGGAAGGAGACUACACCUAUCUGAGGAUAAACUUCUUCGUGCCGGGCAGCUCGCUGGGACGCCACGACGGAAACAUCUUCCCAAACCCCGAAGCCACGUUCGUCAAAGAGAUCACGUACCGCGCGUCGAACCUGAAGUCGCCCGGAGAUCACUCCGUUCCCUCCACAAACCUGCAGAACGCCUUCCGCAUCAUCAAGGAGGUGCAGAAGCGCUACAAGACCCGCGAGGCGGAGGAGAAGGAGAAGGAGGGCAUCGUGAAACAGGACUCGCUCGUCAUCAACCUCAACCGCAGCAACCCCAAACUCAAAGACCUUUACAUCCGGCCCAACAUCGCUCAGAAGAGGAUGCAGGGCUCGCUGGAGGCGCACACCAACGGUUUCCGUUUCACGUCGGUGCGCGGCGAUAAAGUCGACAUCCUGUACAACAACAUCAAACACGCCGUAUUCCAGCCCUGCGACGGAGAGAUGAUCAUCGUCCUGCACUUCCAUCUGAAGAACGCCAUCAUGUUCGGUAAGAAGCGUCACACAGACGUGCAGUUCUACACAGAGGUGGGCGAGAUCACCACAGACCUGGGCAAACACCAGCACAUGCACGACCGAGACGACCUCUACGCCGAACAGAUGGAGCGAGAGAUGCGACACAAACUCAAAUCUGCCUUCAAGAACUUCAUCGAGAAGGUGGAGUCGCUCACCAAGGAGGAGCUGGAGUUUGAGGUUCCUUUCAGAGAUCUCGGGUUCCAGGGCGCCCCCUACAGGAGCACCUGUCUGCUGCAGCCCACCUCCAGCUCCCUCUGUAACGUCACCGAGUGGCCUCCGUUCGUGGUGACGCUCGACGAGGUGGAGUUGGUUCAUUUCGAGCGAGUCCAGUUCCACCUGAAGAACUUUGACGUGGUCAUCGUUUAUAAAGACUACAACAAGAAGGUGACGAUGAUCAACGCCGUGCCUGUCAACUCUCUGGACCCCAUCAAAGAGUGGCUGAACUCCUGUGAUAUCAAAUACACGGAGGGCGUCCAGUCUCUGAACUGGACCAAGAUCAUGAAGACCAUUGUGGACGAUCCCGAGGGCUUUUUCGAGCAGGGCGGCUGGUCCUUCCUCGAUCCGGAGAGUGAGGGAAGCGGCGCGGAGGACGAUUCUGGCUCUGAGAUGGAGGACGAGACGUUUAACCCCUCAGCUGAUGAAGAGGAGGCGGAAGAGGAGGACAGCGAUGAAGAUUACUCCUCAGAGACAGAGGACUCGGAUUACAGCGCGUCUCUGGGCAGCGAGGAGGAGAGCGGCAAAGACUGGGAUGAACUGGAGGAGGAAGCCAGGAAAGCUGAUCGUGAGAGUCAGUAUGAGGAUACAGAGGAGAUCUCAAACAGGAAGAGGAAAGGCCGUUCUUCAGCUCCUCCCCCCAGCAGCAAGAAGAAGAGAAGACAUUAGAUAACACACACUUACACACUGCCAAAUCAGUCUCCCACAGUCCUCUAUGACUGCCCCCCCCCCCACCCACACCCACACACACGCACACACACACUGUGUUUGGUGUAAAUAGUGUCGGCCAGCGCUGGUGUGUGUAGAAUAGUGGUUUUCAUAUCAGCGGAUGGAUGGACCCUGACUCAUCUGCAUUUUCUUUGGAUUUUCCUACGUUCAUUUGAAAGUUUUCUCUCAGGUGUGUGUGUGUGUGUGUGUGUGAAGCAGCAGCUGUGAUGUAGUGUUGGUGUUUUAUGAGCGUUACAUGACACUCUUCCAGCUCAUCUCUCUCUCUCUUUCUCACGUGCUGCAUCUGUUCGUUUAUGAAUAGACAUGCGGUGUUUCACUGCGAUCUGCUUUUUACGUUAGUACAUAAUGAUUCACUUUGUGCUUUUGGUUGUUUUUUUUCUAAUUUGAGGGGAUAAACACACAUUUGUAAACAUUUUUUUUUCCUCCCUUUAGUUUUUUUUUGUUUUGUUCAUUCUGGAUUGGUAGU